AUGUCUGAUACCCCAACCAAAAAUACUUCCAACAAGAAAAGUGAUCGCGCUAUUGACUUAUUAAAUAAACAAUUAAAAUUAAAGAAUUCACGAUCAUCACCGAUUAUACCGCUACAAUGGUUCAAUUCGCAAGUAUCUCAACAGGAGUCGUCAUUUAAUCCGAAUGAACUGUCACCUACUCCCAAAAGAAGGAAGCUAAAUAACAAAAGGCCGGCAACGGAAAAGAGUUUCAAGAAGAACGCGAUAAAUCUGGAAGAAACUCCAAUAUUAAUGGCACCCAAGUCAAUAAGUGACACUAGAUUCGAUGAUCCAAUCAGUAAUUCAUCACCUAUACGAAAAGCUGUGGCAUUUUCUGAUAAAGUUGAGUCAUCACCAACACAACAAUCACCAAUGCCAGAUUCAUCACCAAGACGUCCACCUUCUUCUGCAACAAAACCUCCGGGAAAAUCUAUAUUGAGAAAUCCUGACUUCAUUACCAAUAGGACGAAAAGUGAUCUCCUUUCUAAUAAAGAUAAACUUGUUGAUUCAAUGUCACCUCUUCAAUUGGAUCCUGGAAAUAUUGAAUAUUGGGUAAGCGGUGAAAUCCAUAGUUUAUUUAACAACGAAAAUGUAAAAGAAUUUGAAGGUAUUAUAAUAGGAGGUAUACAUAUAUUGCAGUUGGAAAAUGUCGAAAAUAGUAGCAAUAGACGGUUUGAAAUAUAUGCUACUUUCAAUAAUAUCAUUCCUAUACUACCCACAGACAAGGAUAUUGACCCCAUAACAGAGAAUAAGGUAAAAGUAAUAGUCAAUAACUUGCCGGAAUUGAUAAAAGUGGCUACUUUGAAUUUGCAAGAGGAACAAACAGAAUUACUGAAAUCGCAUAACAAGAAAAAUCCUUUCAUUACUAGACUAUACGUUCAAAUUGUCAGAUUUUUUGGAUCAAUUCUGUCCAAUUUUAUGAUUAUAAAACGCAUAUCUACGGAUCCAGAACUACAAAAGGAACUAAGAAUAAUUUACAAGAUAUCUGUGGAGGCACUCUCAAAUGAAUAUGUAAACAAAAUGAUGAUAAUAUCACAAUUGACAUUUUUAAGAGAUGAAAAGUUCUCCAGACGUUAUUUACCCAUGAGCGAAAUAACAAAGAUGAUAAAUGUAAUAACUCAGGUAAAAGAUAUGGCAAGUACAAACCUGAUUUGUGAAAAAUUAUAUCUGGUGAAAUGCUUUCUUGAUAAAUUUCCAGUAUUAAUGAUCGACGAGAUUAAAGUUUGGCUUCCCGGUGAAGUAUUACCAAGAAUUUUACUUAUGGAAGAGGAGAAUAACCACUCGGCUAAAAUUAUUGUUACAGCCAUUUCAAUCAUAUUGGAUUUGUUAAAGAAAUGCCUGGAUGUAGAGAAGGGACAUAAAGAUAUAUACCAAUGCGUUGAGAUUGAUAAAGUCAAAGAUGUGAUACCGAGGAAAUUCUUAUCAAGGAUAGAAUUAAGCUUGAAGGAAAUCGAAAACGUUGGAGAAAAGACUCUGGGAACUUUAAUAAGAAAUCAAAUUAAAUACUUGAUACUAGUUAAGAAGGAGUAUAAACUGGCCAUGGACUUGUGGAUUGGUAUGGUUGGCCUCCUUUUCAAUAAUGCCAACAGUUUAGAAAUGCUAACUAAGGAGAAUGCAGAAACUGAUGCGAAUCGUUCAGACACUUGGAUUGACUUAAACAAAUUGUGCUAUAACAAAGGAACUGGAAAAGUAAAGUAUUUUUCUUCAAAAGUGUGGAGAAUUCUAUUUUAUUGUGUUUCAAAACAUCUUGACGAAUUCAAUGAAACCAGUAAGCCGAUGGUUUUGGAUUUGCUAAAGACUCCUUUCGAUAUGUCACGGCCAUAUAUUAAUGACUCCGACGUAUCGAAGGCAUUGUUAUAUUGUUUGAGGGGAUUAGUAUAUGCAAAUUUGUGUGGACCUGCCCAAUCAUCCAAAGAGAGCCUUUCCCUCUUUAUCUCUAACUUAUUAAAACCAAUUCUCAUUGGCAUCAUAUUAGUAAAUCAACACUUGCACCACGAGGUGGUAAGUGUGCUCCUAAGAUUAUUGGGAAAACCUCUUCCCGAGACAAGAUCACCAGAGAAGGGAAAUAGGAAUGGACUUCGACCUGCACCUAUUAAAGUUAUUGCAUCUACUGGUAUCGCAACGAAUGAUAUUUCAAAAAUGACAAAUCAUCUCAUCAAGCAAUUAUAUUACCCAUUAUCAGAUCUUAUAUUUUCCAUACUGAGGAAACACAUCCUAAAACCUCAACCCAGCUCAGAAUUGCUGAUAUCUUUGUUAAAUAAUACACCAUUGGAAUUGAAAACGGUAAGUUACUUAGAAGAAGUUAACCAGGUAAUGAUUGAUAUCCUAAAAACUAGUGAUGACCAUACAGAAAUUUCCCUCUUAUUCCAGACUUAUACACAUGUAGUCGUUACUAUAUUCCCCAAUCUGCUUCUCAACAAAGAAACCAAUUACCUUGAAGAUUACUUAAAAUUAUUUGAACCUUUUUGGGGUGAUGUUAAGGAAAUGCUAUUGGAUGUUCUCAAGGACUUCCUAAGAGAAAAAAAGUUGGCAGGUUGGGAGUUUUAUAUGAUGGGAAUCUUUUUGAAAACAAAAGACACUCUUUCUCAUUUAUAUGUGGAGAAUUGGAUUGGGUCGACGUUACUAUCUCCUACUAUGUCCUAUACAUCUUUUCUCGACUUAGCUAACAUUAUUAACCAAAUAACAACAGAUCAAGUCAUGGAGAAUUUUUUAGACUUAUGUUCGAAAAUGAGUCUCUCAAUAAAUUACCCACAGUUGCUAAACUUAAAACAAUACAAUGAUAAAAAUCUUUCCUUUUUUAUCAAGACAUACUUAUCGAAGAACUCAAACGCCUUAGACAACAACAUGUCUCAGUUCCUUAUCGAGAUUCUUUCUGAAAAUAGAACGUCAUCGGUACCUCGUAUCCUACUCCCUCUACUUAUAGAUAUUAAAAGGUAUGAUAUUAUAAAGACAAGUAUCGAGCAAAGACCCUUAAUUUUAUCGAUAGUUUCGGAUCCUAUUCUAUUGCAUUUGAAAGAUAUCCUUCCAACCUCAAAAAUGUCGUAUCUAAUAAUAAAUAUUGGUCUUUUUCCGCAGCUGAUUCAAUAUGGGAUAAUUCAAUGGGUUUUAGAAAAGGAUGAGACAGCGUUACUUCUCAGUAAUUAUGCAACUAUCGAAACCAUUCUUUUCGUCGACAAACCAACAGAUACAAGUGUCAAUGAAGAAAGAAAGAAACUCAUUCAACAUAUUCUCCAUUACCUCUUCGAGAACAGGAGAUGGGUACUUUUAAGUAAUUUAAUUGAUAGUUGUUUGUCAAACUCUCAAACAGAUUAUAUUAUUUCUUUAUUUUCUGGUGGAAAUGCUACCGAGUUACAAAAUAUUUUACCACAAACACUGGCCAAUAUGAUUAAUAGAUGUGGUUCAUUAAAUCCCUCGCUGAUAGAUACAUUGAAACAAAAUUAUUCUUUACAAAAGGCAGAUUAUAUAAUUACCUUAAUCUCAGAACUAGUUGAAUGCGGAAAAACACAAGCACUAAUUUUGAGCAAACAAGACAUGCUUUUAUUUAUCAUUGACUCUGAGAAUGCCUUAAGACCAGUGGACCAAAGAAGAAUUCUUGAAUUAAUGCCAAGGUUCAUUCAAUCUCUUCAAAACAAGAGUGAAAAGACGUUUAUCGAUUUUUUGAAGAUGCUCUUCAAUUUAUUACCGGAACAUUCAAAUCAAUAUCUUUUGAACCUGGUUCAGUUGUUUAAAGAAAGUUUACCAUCUUCUUUUAAGAAUAGUAAAAGUAGAAGGGAAAUGGGACGACUAAAUAAAAAUUUUCAACGUUGGAAGGACGAAACAAAGUCAAUAGAACCAACCAGCGGCGAGCAAGCAAUAUCCUCUGAAAGCACUAUGAGUACGCCGGAAGGAUUUGAUAAGUCGACAAAAUCACAGAAUUCUUCAUCAAAUGAUAAUGCCGAAAUUCAAGUUCCGGCGACUCAAUUGAAGCAAGAUAAUGAUGUUACGACGGGAACUACGACAGCAAAGAGUGCGUACAGUUAUCAAUUUAAAUCAAGCACCGAAGAUGAAUCAACUGAUGUCCUCAGCCAAAAAUCGACUGGAAUUAUUAAAUCCCCUGAAGAAUUAAUUCAGCCAACUAAAAAUACUCAUUAUCAAGAAGAAAAGGCGCCUCUUGUUUCCCAGGAGUUACCUAGCUACAGGUCAUCUCAAGACCCAAGAUCUACGCAAGAGGGAAAGAUAACAAAUGGAGACGGAACAGCGAUACCAGAUUCUUCAAUUAUUGGAACAUUAGAAGAAGUUGAUAAACAAAUUGCAAAAGAACCAGUCACCCAAUCUACAGGAUGUGGACAACUUGAAAAUCAUACAAACAUAGUCGGAGAAAGUUCAGAUCUACCAGAAGUUCUUGAGGAUGAAAAUGCCGGAAGUAUCAUAAAGGAUGAUUUACUUUCAACAGAGAACAGGAAUGAUACAGAAAUUGGGAACGAAUUAGUUGUUGCGGAGCCAACCCCGACUGUUGUGGAAGCUAAAAUUGCUACUGUAUCUGAGCAGGUUAUACCUAUGACACCAUCCAAAACAAAUCCCCAAACCGACGCAGAAACUCCAUUUCAGACACCUCGUUCCUCAUUAGGUGUCGAACCACAUGCCAGUGAAAAGGAUGCUGCAAAGACGAUUGACUCUGACGACAAAACAAAUGGUUUUGAGGAGAGAUUGCCUACGAACCAGACUUCACAAGAAGUUGUCACUGACCUUGGAGGUGAACGAGGGAGUCCGCACGCCAAAUCAGUAAAAUCUAAUGAUUCAAUCAUAGUACAGUCUAAGCGUGCGAAUAAGAACAAUACGAAUGAGGAGCCUAAUGAUAUCGAAUGUGUGGAAGGUAAAAGCGGACAAGCUACAGGACAGUCUUUCAAGGCAAAUCCUUCCAAAAGCAGUGCAGACUCGGAUAAACCAACGAAUCUCGACACGAAGGAGAUGGAAGAGGAUAAUCUGAAGUCUCGAAAUGAAUUGCGUACGGCUUUAGAUGAGAAGGAAACAAAAUCACGAACCUAUAUCGAAGGAGAAGAAGAUAAGGGAGAAGAUGAUUUUGCGCCAGUAAAUACUGCUCAACAAGACCCUUUUUUAGAGGCAAUGGAGAAAGAAGUGUCUCAAACUGAGGUCAUCUUGAAAUCUUCUCCAAUUGCAAAGAACAAAAGACCUACUUCAUCAAUGCAUGAAAUUAACAUACCCAUCUUCAAUACUUUAAAGUUGACAGAUCCUUCCUGGAAAGAGAGAUCAAGAACUCAGCAAGAAAGUACGACCAGAAUGGGCCAACAAAAACAAAUUGAUUCUUCUCAAGUUACUAGCACCAGGUCCGAUAAACAAGAUGUUAUACCCUCACAUCUAGAGGUAGAUCUUCAUUCAUCCUUCCCCUAUGGUACUCCCGGUAAUGGGAUUGAUGAUGAUAUGGACAUUAACUCCAGGGAAACGACACCAUCACUAAGAAUGUUCUUCCCAUCUAGGAAAACACGUAGAUUAGUCUCACGGUUGAGAAAUUUUGAUCCAUCCGAGCUUUCUACUUUACCUACUGAAGAAAGAAGAAAUUUACGAAUUGAACUACUAGAUUUUCUGAUGAAGUUAGAAUAUUACACUGGCGAUGAUGCUGAUAAACGAGAAAUAUAA